UCUCAUCAUCGAUAAGACCCACCAGGUCCAGGAAUCAUGAUUGGCAGCUCGAGCCUCAAAAACCUGCUUCUUGAACAGUUCCGGCCUGCCAUGCGGUGAUGCACCUAGCGCGGAGGUGUGGUAGUUGCCAGAACCCAUGAAGCGAAUCCUCACGCGGACUCAUCCUCCGUCUUCCUCCGUCGCCGCCUCGCGAAACGAUUCACUGUUAUCGAUCAAGAGCAACAUCGUCGCAAUUUGAAUUUCGCUACAAUUAUCAGCUAUUAUAAGUCAACCGUCUACGCUGCAAAACCCGUGCCUGCCGACUUCACGGGGUGCCGAUUGCACGGGGCCUGAUAGACAUUGUACCAAGUUGUGCCAAGUUGCUCUACCAACAAGAUGGAAGAGAAGACAUACGAACUUGGUCGGAGUUUCGACUGGACGUUUUUCAUGCGAUAAAUUCUGCAAGGGCCUUUCAAGUUGAAUGUCGCCCAAUGUCUCAAAUGUCUGCUACAUCCCACUUCCUUCACCUCCCCGACGAUGUGCUUGUAUAUCUGCUCGACCUGGCACCUAUGAGUGACCUGGAGAGUGUCUCCAAGACAUGUAAACAACUCAAAACUAUCUGUGGAUUAGUUCGCGCCCCGUACCUGUAUGAGCUCAACCACGAGGGUCUAGAGUACAACGCUGCGUCCGCAUCAUCAACCGUGUCCUUUUCACAUGCGCUGGCUUCCCUCAGGUGCAGAGAAAACAGAUGGAGGACAAUGCGCCCAAUAUCUUCGUCCUACCGUUCAACUUUGAACGAGAGCAAUUUCACUAGCUACUCUCAAAAUGUAGCUUUGUAUGUGUCCAGGCAGAUAGCAUCAGCUGUUGUCCACGGGGACACGGUGGAACAUUCAACAUAUCACGGCCAAAGCAACGAAGUUACUCGAUUCCAUGACGCCGAUGUACUGCAGGACCUUCUUGUUCUUCUACGAAUGCACAUUGGAACGGGAGUGUCAUAUCUCUGCUUCCUCUCCUUGAGAGGGAUGUCUCCGCAUUCAGCAGCUGCUAGUCCAACGCGUAUCAUCCUCACCGGCAUCAGUCCCAUGGGAUACAUUUCUGCUCCACUCCAUGCUCAUGGUUUAAGAAUACUCGGUACCUGGUGUGCGUUGCUCACAACGGUUCGCUGUUCAAUGAAGCCGGAAGCGCAAGUCAAUACCCUCUUGCUUUGCAACUGGAAAACCAAUUCAUUAAUCAAAUUGGCGGGUGUUCAUCCCGACAACAUCGACGAUUUUCAUUUUAUAAACUCCCGCACACUUGCCGUCAUUCAUAGAGCGGCCUCUAAUUCAUCUCAACUAGUUCUCCGCCUCUACGACGUCACUUUGCCAAGCCAAAUCUCUUCAUCCGGUUGUGUGAGACUCCGCUUGUCUUUGCGUUUACCCCUUAUCGAGAACCAUGCAUACAUACUACCUAUCAGUCGUAUGGUUCUACCGAGAGCGUCGCAAGAGCAGGUUCUCCAGCCCGAUCAGCGCCCUCAUGAAAUAUUAUCCCCGAAUAGCGGAAUCAUGGCUUUGUCGAUACCUCUUGGAAUGGGUACCGAGGAGGCUCGAUUGAACAUCGCUAUCGACGUUGCAAUGUUGCUUUCCAUCGCUCGUGGCAACGACAUUUCUGACCGCACGAUGUCCUGGAGCCAGUGGGGUCCAAAGAUAUCGCGCGUUUUCUUGACCAACGAUGUCCUCCGCGCAGAAGGCGAUGUAAAGCCCCUCCAGGACGUGGAAGGCUAUAGAAUAGCCUUUUCCACGAACAUAGACUGCGGUGAUAGCCAAACUCCCAUUUCAGAGGAGCAUUCCCGUCCUGCAGCUUUCAUUAUAGACUUCAAUCCUGCGAGUGUCCGAUGGGCUCGUCAAGAGGACAAGGCAGGUCGUGGACUGCGUGGUGCUUUGGUAACAGAACCGAGUGUUUUACGACCAGGACACUUCUUUGCAGAGGAGGUAGUCAGCUCUCUGCCUUAUACCCGAACUAUGCUCGAGGGAUACCUGCCCCAACACCAAAUUCGGCUUUCACGAGAUGAAGUCGUCUAUCCUGCCCAUCCGGUGCAAGAAUCUCCACUGCAUAAUGUUUACAGCUUUGCAUAGGAUGAUGAUGAUGGAAUUGUUGCGAUACGUGCUUGCUGAUACUUUAGAAGUCUCGACUCAUGGCAUAAUAAUCUCAUACUUGACACUUUAAGCUUUAAGUUUCAAGUCCACAACAUAUACAUACGUCGGUGAAGGCAACUCCACCGAAGCUUACGAUAUUGAAAUUGAUGCAAUCAUGGUAUGUUUGCAAAACCUUCGCCCGCACACCUUUUUUAGGAAAUAAAUCGAUCCUCGACAAAUAUUGAUCGUCCUUCCGACUCUUGAGUCGAUCUUGAAC